CAGGCGUACCGCGCAGCCGCAGUGUGAGGUGCGUCAGCAGACGGGAGAAGCAGCACAGCUGAAAUCGUGUGUGCCGGUACUAGGUGGGAGCGAGGGACAUGGCGGAUGGAGAGCGCUCCCCUCUCCUCUCUGACCUCGGGGACGGAGGGGGCAUGGGAGCGUCGGUAGGUCCCGGAGCCCCUUCACCUGGUACAGCACUUCCUUCGGCUGCUCCAUACGGUGGUCCUGGCCCCGCCCCCAGCAACAAGCCGCAAGGCUUUCAGGUGUUCCCAACGGGUGGCUCAGUGUUACCCGGUGAAGAUCCCCCACCCUAUUCUCCACUGACAAGUCCAGAAAGUGGCUCUGCCCCCAUGAUAACAUGCAGGGUCUGCCAGUCACUCAUCAAUGUGGAGGGGAAGAUGCACCAACAUGUGGUGAAGUGUGGAGUCUGCAACGAGGCCACGCCCAUAAAGAAUGCCCCCCAGGGGAAGAAGUAUGUGCGCUGUCCUUGUAAUUGCUUGCUGAUCUGUAAAGUCACUUCCCAGAGGAUAGCCUGUCCAAGACCAUACUGUAAAAGAAUCAUCAACCUGGGCCCUGUGCACGCCGGGCCCCUGAGCCCAGAGCCACAGCCUGUCGGAGUGAGGGUCAUCUGUGGACACUGCAAGAACAACUUUCUGUGGACAGAUUUUUCAGACCGGACCUUGGCACGCUGCCCACACUGCCGAAAAGUUUCCUCUAUUGGACUGAGGUACCCAAGAAAGAGAUGCGUUUGCUGCUUUCUGAUUGGCUUGUUAUUUGCUCUAGCUGCAGCUGGACUUGUGGGAGGCACGUGGUCUUGGGCGCAGACGUACGGUGGAAUCUAUGCCUCGUGGGCAGUGCUGCUGCUGUUGGCGCUGAUCUGUUUGGGCCGUGCCAUUUACUGGGCGUGUAUGAGGGUCAGUCAUCCCAUCCAGAGCUUCUCGUGAGCCUGCCUAGACCUGCCUCCUCCAGUCCUUCCCCCUCCCCCCCUUGGUGGCGAGUAACCUUUUAAAGGGAUAGAACGGAGUCAUUGCCGUGGCCAUCAAUCAGCUGACGAAAUCCUUACUGCCUUGUGGAGCAGUACUGAAUAUGAUGAUUCGACUAUAUUCAAACGACCUACUAAUGUUCACUGCUGCCCAGUGUUAACCUCUUCACCGCCAGGGACUGCAAAGUAUUGCAGGACCCUGUAGCUGCUAAGGGGUUGAUUUGAUUUUUUUUAAAAAUAAUCUUGUAAACCUUAACGAGGAGUGUAGGGGGCGCUAUAGAGACAGAUAACCGCUGCAAGCUACAUUUUAUUUUUGCAGCAGCAGACGCAGGGUAAUGUUUACAUUGAGGAGCAGGGCCUUCUGGGAAGGUGCAUUAGUAAGGAUUAAUGUGAAAAAGUGAUGCCAUAGUAAGACAGCCUUGUGGGAGGAUGUUUCUCACAUUGUGUCAUAUCCUUUUUGUUGCACCUUAAUUUUUUAUUUUUUUUGUUGGUGGGGGGAGAGAGAGAAAGAAAUCAGGGUUUGGAUGAGUAGCAUAAAGCCUUUACCCCACGAUGAACGCCAUUUCACCUGCAGCCUUUCCAGAGAGGCCUUCAGAACACAUAUCACUAGGAGAAGGACCUUUUCAACCAGUAGCAUAGCUGCAUGCGGACAGCAGACCAGUGCAAAUCCUUCCAUCAUUUUUAGGUAUAUUCACAAAGGAAAGAAACGCCUCCUUGGUCCUUCCGCUAUGAAUCCAUUCCAUAUACCACAGUGGCAGUAGCUAAUAAAGUAGAAUCAGGCUAUGUAUGAAAUCCUUAUACCAAUGAUUCGUCACCUUAAUCAUGUCUUACCCAUUGCUGAAUGUUAGGCCAAAUUUGACACACUGGAAUUUUAAACCGUUCAAUGUUUUAAGCCGCGAUAAAGCCUUUCAUGGUUUUAGUUUUUUUGGGGACACUACAUAGAGCCACAUACGGACACCAUUAGAUGUGGUGGUCAGAAGCCUCGUCUUGUGUUUAUGAUCUUGCUCCGUAUGAUGGGGUAUGGCGGCAGUACGGGCGGGAAACAAAGUAAGUGGGGAACUUACUGAGAAGGAAACCCAUUGUGACGUCUAUAGGGUCCAAUCUGUUUUUAUGAUUGUGCAGCUGAGUUGUAAAUAAUUUACUUCCUCUUCCUGUUGCUGCUGUGCUUCCUGCUAAUUUUAUUUCACUUGAAAAUGUAAAUGUUUUUUUUUUUUUCUUUUUAAAUUGUCUUGGCUUAUUUCUAGAAAUGUGCUGAGCGUUGUUCCUAAAACAUUAAAGAAAAAAUGACACAC